AUGGCGUCUCUCGCAUCUGUCACCGCCGCAACUCUACUCUUUCUUGGUUCUUGCCAAGCUCACUUCCUCCUGCUAUCACCCACGCCAGUAGGCACAUUUAGCGACGAUGACGAGCCCAAUGCACCGUGCGGCGGCUACACCCCAGAUUUUUCAAAAAACAAUAUCACAGACUUUGCAGUUGGCGGCGACGCUAUUGCUACACAGUUACUUCACCCUCAAGCCAACUGGCUCUACCGAAUCACAACCGAUGAGAGUGCAGCUGGAAACUGGACGCAGAUCUACCCAGUUGUACAACAAAGCGGUGCUAACAAGUUCUGUAUUCCUGUCGUCACUUUAGACGAGAGCUAUGUUGGACAAACGGCUGUGUUGAGCGUUGUGGCCGAUGCGCCUGAUGGGCUUCUCUAUCAGUGUGCUGCUAUAAAAUUUGUAUCUGGUGUCAAUUCCAACCUACCUAGCGCUUGUACCAACACCUCCGGAGUUUCUGGUUCUUUCAACAUCGACGAUAAGCUCACUGCUCUUGUUGGCGACUCCAGCAACGGCACUGGCACUGCUACCGGCACUGCCUCAACGACCAGCAGCACCGCAUCCUCAUCAAGCACCGGAAAUUCUGCUGCUUCUACAAUGCAUGGUGGAGCUGCCGAUACUCUACGUUUCUUUCUAACUGCUGGAGUCAUGGUCGUACUUGGCGCCGUCUCGAUGAUCUAG